GGUAUACAGAUUGCAGAUCUCCAGCAACUGCAGCAACUUACACAGCAACUAACUCAGCAACAACAGCAACUUCAGUUGCAACAGCAGAUUCAACAACAAGUUACCAAUUCACCAGCAGUUAGUUCUGCUGCUAGCACCACCUCUGUAGUCUCUCAACAGGCCCCCAUCAGUAGUGCCACCCCUCAGUCCACACAGAUCCAGGCCUCGCCCCUAGCCACAACCACUCUACAGGGGCUGGCGGGGGCCCUCCAGGGCACACAGCAGAUUGUAUUCCUGAACCCUGCACAGCUUACCACAGGGCUUCAACCACUGUUGAUUCAAAACCAGGGAAUUCCAGUUCUUACUGCUGCUACAUUGGCUUCACUGACACAGCAAGUCCAGCAACAGCAGCAGCAGCAGCAGCAACAACAACAACAACAAGCCCAGCAACAACCAACAGCAGCUGUUCUGCAACAACUUCAGCAACUCCAGAAUGCAACCACACAACCACUUCAGAUACAGGUCCCUGCUGCCCAAUCUACUCCAGUUCAACAAAGUGGAACCCCUGUCAAAGUACAGAACACAAUGACCAAGAUCUCCAGCUCUUCUCAGAUAGUUCUACCAGCUGUGUCCACUACAAAUGCUACCAUCAAAACUCAGCCUGAAGAAAUGAAUUCCUCUGUGGAUGAGAUACCACCAGAAGAAAAUAUUGACUUAGAAGAACUUGAGCAGUUUGCUAAAACCUUUAAGAGGAGGAGAAUAGAACUAGGUUUCACACAGGGUGAUGUGGGCUUAGCUAUGGGAAAACUAUAUGGAAAUGAUUUCAGCCAGACAACAAUAUCAAGAUUUGAAGCUUUAAAUCUGAGCUUUAAAAAUAUGUGCAAGUUAAAACCCCUGUUACAAAAGUGGUUAAAGGAUGCGGACACGAUGUGUGCUAAUCUGAACACACCAGUGGGAGGGAGCCCAGGUGGCAAUGGUAAUAGUCUAUCUCCCGAAUCUGUGUCCAGGAGAAGGAAAAAGAGAACCAGUAUAGAAACUAACAUUAGAGUGGCCCUGGAAAAAAGCUUUCAACAGAAUCCCAAACCAUCCUCGGAGGAAAUCACUUCUGUUGCAGACACACUAAAUAUGGAAAAAGAGGUUGUACGAGUGUGGUUUUGUAAUAGAAGACAAAAACAGAAGAGGAUUAAUCCUCCAUCAAACUACAAUCCUCAGUUGUCUUCCCCUCUUUCUCCACCAAUUACACCUGUUCAAGUGAUGGCCACGCCCACAAAUCAGUUAACCACACCCACCUCUCAAGCCACCAUGACGCUUCCAACAAUCAUCAGUACUUCGACAGGCGCCACUCUUGUGGCUGCAUCCACGCCCUCUUCAGUGCCAGGAACCAAUCAGAACUUUAUCAUGGCCAAAAUCACACCUGCUUCUACCUCGGGAUCCAAUCAGGUCAUUUUGACACAAGCAUUACCAACUACAGUAUCUACCGCCCAGGGAAUUUCUUUACAACCUACACAACAAAUUAUUCCCCCUCAGAAAAUAGAAUUCACAACUUCAUAAGGAUUCUUAAAUUGGAGAUGUAUUUUUUAGAAUAUUUGUAAAACAUUCCAAAAAAUCGAAGAAGCAAAAACCAAAUAGAGCUGAAAUAUAUUUUUUAUGUAUUAAAAUACUUUUUAGAUUAUUUUUACUAGAUGAAUUUGAUGUAAAUAAUUUAUGAAAAAAAAUGCCAAAGAACCUGAAAUGUGGGCAUGUACUUCAUGUAAAUACAUUUAUAUGUUUUGAAUAAGAUUUUGUCUUCCAGUUUGUGAUUUCACCCACUUAAAAGGGUGUGUAAUCUGGUGGACAUUAUUCAAUUCUUUUAGGCAGAGAAAUGCAUUUUGUAUCAAAACUUUGCUAGAACUGUCCUCAAGUUGACUGUUACAAAUAUAUACCAUUGAUCUCACUAUAUUACUAUUAAGGCAUAAAACUACAGAAGUAAUUUGUCAGUUAGCUCUCAUCUUUCUUAUGGCUGACCUUGUUUUGAAUGGCAUAUUAUAUUUGGUCUAGUUGUUGAUCUGAUUUAAAAUCAAAUUGGUACAAAUGUAGAACAUAUGGAUUCUAUUUUUGUAUAAGCCUUCAUUUUUGUUAGUUUGUAUACUUCCACUUUUCUACAAAAGAAAUGAAAUUUAAACAAAUUCAAUUGAUGAAAAUACUUUUCAUUUGAGUUAAAAGAUGGCAUUUCUUUGAUCUGAUUUCCUAUUUUUGUUAUGUAAAAUGGAACUGAUGACUAUAGAUUAAAUAAACUAGUAUACAAUCGA